AUGACCGAGAAUCUCCAUAGAUCUGUAGAAUGCGAAUGUGAAGAUUGGCAAAUGUCUGGAUCAGGAUCUAUUUCGGGAACAGCUUCAGAAUCUGAAAUAGAAGGAAGCAGAGAAAAAAGUAGUUGUGAAGAGAGUGAAUCUGAUUAUGAACCAAAAAAUAAAGUCAAAAGCAGGAAGCCUCCAAGCAGAAUAAAACAAAAAAGUGGAAAGAAAACUGCAGUGCAGAAAAAACGACAACUUGACUCAUCCUCAUCCUCAGAUGAUGAUGAUUAUGAUAAAAGAGGUUCUCGCCGCCAGGCAACAGUAAAUGUUAGUUAUAAAGAAGCUGAAGAAGCAAAGACGGAUUCAGAUGAUCUCCUAGAAGUUUGUGGAGAGGAUGUUCCACAGCCUGAAGAAGAUGAAUUUGAAACAAUUGAAAAAUUUAUGGAUAGUCGCAUUGGAAGAAAAGGAGUAACUGGUGCUACAACCACUAUCUAUGCAGUUGAAGCUGAUGGAGAUCCAAAUGAAGGAUAUGAUAAAUCAAAAGAAUCUGGUGAUACGCAGUAUUUGAUUAAAUGGAAAGGUUGGUCCCAUAUUCAUAAUACCUGGGAAACUGAAGAAACUCUAAAGCAGCAGAAUGUUAGAGGAAUGAAGAAACUGGACAACUAUAAGAAAAAGGAUCAGGAAACUAAGCGCUGGCUGAAAAAUGCUUCUCCAGAAGACGUAGAAUAUUACAACUGUCAGCAAGAGCUUACAGAUGACUUGCAUAAGCAGUAUCAAAUUGUAGAGAGAAUUAUUGCCCAUUCUAAUCAGAAGUCAGCAGCUGGUUAUCCAGAUUACUAUUGUAAAUGGCAAGGUCUUCCUUACUCGGAGUGUAGCUGGGAAGAUGGAGCUCUUAUUGCAAAAAAGUUCCAGUCACGCAUUGAUGAGUAUUUUAGUAGAAAUCAGUCGAAGACUACGCCAUUUAAAGAUUGUAAGGUUUUGAAGCAAAGACCAAGAUUUGUGGCUUUAAAGAAGCAACCUAAUUACAUUGGAGGUCAUGAGAACCUAGAAUUAAGAGAUUAUCAAUUAAAUGGACUAAAUUGGUUGGCCCAUUCAUGGUGCAAGGGAAACAGCUGUAUUCUUGCUGAUGAAAUGGGUUUGGGCAAAACGAUACAAACCAUCUCCUUUUUGAAUUACUUAUUUCAUGAGCAUCAGUUGUAUGGCCCUUUCCUGCUCGUAGUACCUCUUUCCACCCUGACAUCUUGGCAAAGAGAAAUCCAGACAUGGGCUCCCCAGAUGAAUGCUGUAGUUUAUUUGGGAGAUAUUACCAGUAGAAAUGUGAUAAGAACUCAUGAAUGGAUGCAUCUACAGACUAAACGAUUAAAAUUUAACAUCUUAUUGACAACCUAUGAAAUUCUGCUGAAAGAUAAGUCAUUCCUUGGAGGCUUAAAUUGGGCCUUUAUAGGAGUAGAUGAAGCUCAUCGAUUAAAAAAUGAUGACUCCCUCUUAUAUAAGACAUUAAUAGACUUCAAAUCUAACCAUCGCCUUCUUAUCACUGGAACACCUCUACAAAAUUCCCUGAAAGAGCUGUGGUCCCUGCUUCAAUUCAUCAUGCCAGAAAAAUUCUCUUCUUGGGAAGAUUUUGAAGAAGAACAUGGGAAAGGAAGAGAAUUUGGUUAUGCAAGUCUUCACAAAGAACUUGAACCAUUUCUGUUGAGGAGAGUUAAGAAAGAUGUAGAAAAAUCUCUACCUGCCAAGGUGGAACAAAUUUUAAGAAUGGAAAUGAGUGCAUUGCAAAAACAGUAUUACAAGUGGAUUUUAACAAGGAAUUACAAAGCCCUAAGUAAAGGAUCAAAAGGCAGUACCUCAGGCUUUCUGAAUGUCAUGAUGGAACUCAAAAAGUGUUGUAAUCAUUGCUACCUCAUUAAGCCACCAGAUGAUAAUGAAUUCUAUAACAAACAGGAGGCCUUACAGAACUUGAUCCGGAGUAGUGGGAAGCUAAUUCUUUUAGACAAGCUGCUGAUUCGCUUACGAGAGCGUGGCAGUAGAGUACUUAUAUUCUCUCAGAUGGUGCGGAUGCUGGACAUCUUAGCUGAAUAUUUGAAAUAUCGUCAGUUUCCCUUUCAAAGACUAGAUGGGUCAAUAAAAGGAGAACUGAGGAAACAAGCACUGGAUCAUUUUAAUGCAGAAGCCUCUGAGGAUUUUUGCUUUUUACUGUCUACAAGAGCUGGAGGUCUAGGUAUAAAUUUGGCAUCUGCUGAUACUGUUGUUAUAUUUGAUUCUGACUGGAACCCUCAAAAUGAUCUGCAAGCUCAGGCUAGAGCACACAGAAUCGGACAAAAAAAACAGGUUAACAUUUAUCGUUUAGUGACCAAAGGAUCAGUAGAGGAAGAUAUUUUGGAGAGAGCCAAGAAGAAAAUGGUUUUAGAUCAUUUAGUCAUUCAGAGAAUGGACACUACAGGAAAAACUGUGUUACAUACAGGCUCUGCACCUUCUAGCUCUGCUCCUUUUAACAAAGAGGAACUGUCAGCUAUUCUAAAGUUUGGUGCUGAGGAACUUUUCAAAGAACCAGAAGGGGAAGAACAGGAACCGCAGGAAAUGGAUAUAGAUGAAAUAUUGAAGAGAGCUGAAACACGGGAAAAUGAAACUGGACCAUUAAGUGUGGGAGAUGAAUUGCUCUCUCAGUUUAAGGUGGCCAACUUUUCCAAUAUGGAUGAAGAUGAUAUUGAAUUGGACCCUGAACAAAAUUCAAGAAAUUGGGAAGAAAUAAUUCCAGAGGUCCAUAGACGAAGAUUAGAAGAAGAAGAAAGACAAAAGGAAUUGGAAGAAAUUUAUAUGCUUCCAAGAAUGAGAAACUGUGCAAAACAAAUAAGUUUUAAUGGAAAUGAAGGAAGACGUUUUAGAAACAGAAGAUAUUCUGGAUCAGACAGUGACUCUGUCUCAGAUAGAAAACGACCAAAAAAACGUGGAAGACCACGGACCAUUCCUCGGGAAAACAUUAAAGGAUUUAGUGAUGCAGAGAUUCGGAGGUUUAUCAAGAGUUACAAGAAAUUUGGGGGGCCUCUUGAAAGAUUAGAUGCCAUAGCUAGAGAUGCUGAAUUGGUGGAUAAAUCUGAGAUAGAUCUCCGGCGGCUUGGAGACCUUGUACAUAAUGGAUGCUUCAAAGCUUUGAAAGACAACUCAUCUGGACAAGAAAGAGCAGGUACAGAGUGCUUAACAGCAGCUAUGUGGUAUGAACCCAAGCAAAAAGUUCAUAUUAUACCUCUUUGCUCCAUAAAAAUCAUAACAUUCCUUGGUCGUGCCCUUGACUUUAUGAACAAGUUAUUACUGAUAUGGCUGACAGCAGUUUUCUGUUUGUUGAUGUGUUUUCUUCUCCUGUUUCCAGAUAAAUCCAGUAUAGCAUGUUUGUUACCUUAGAACAUUACUGGCAACAAUCACGAA